UAAAAAGACUGCACCCUACUGAUGCACAUAUCUUCUUCAAGAAGUGUGAACUCAGUAGCUGCAUUUGAGCCAUGUCUGGACGAGGGAAAACCGGCGGAAAAGCCAGAGCAAAAGCCAAGACCAGGUCUUCACGUGCUGGACUGCAAUUCCCGGUCGGUCGUGUCCACAGGCUGCUGCGUAAAGGCAACUACGCUCAGCGUGUCGGUGCCGGCGCGCCUGUUUACCUGGCGGCUGUGCUGGAGUAUCUAACCGCUGAGAUCCUGGAGUUGGCUGGCAACGCGGCACGCGACAACAAGAAGACCAGAAUCAUUCCCCGUCACCUGCAGCUGGCCGUCCGCAAUGACGAGGAGCUCAAUAAGCUCUUGGGCGGAGUGACCAUCGCUCAGGGCGGCGUAUUGCCAAACAUCCAGGCCGUCCUCCUUCCUAAGAAGACCGAGAAAGCCGCUAAGUCCAAGUAAAGCUGAAGACAUUAACCACAACCUCAAAACGGCUCUUUUAAGAGCCAGCCAUCUGUUUAACGAAGAGUUAAAUUCUGUAUAAUACCACCAA